AUGGACUCUGCCGACGCUGCACCCCCGUUCCCCGACGACGUCCCCACGGCGCCGCUGCUCCGGCUCUCGCUGGCCAAGCUCCGGGCGCGCGAGCCAGACGAGGUGCGCCGCUUCACCGCCGCCUGCGAGGCCCUGGGCUUCUUCUACCUCGACCUGGGCGGGGACGCCGUGCUGCAGCAGGCCGACGCGCUGUUCGACGCCGGCCGCGCGCUGUUCGACCUGCCGCUGGCCGAAAAGGCCCGGUACGACUUUUCCCGCCUCGGGACCUACAUGGGCUACAAGGCCGUGGGGGCGUCGGUCGCCGACGCGGCGGGCAACCUCGACCGCAACGAGUUCUACAACAUCGGCAAGGACGACGUCUUUGAGCUAGGCCGUCGCUGGCCCGCGCCAGAGGUGCUCGAGUCGCGCCGCGCGCUGCUGCGGUCCUUUAUGCAGUCGGCGCACGGCAUCGUGACGCUAGUGCUGGCCCUGCUCGACACGCACCUCGGCCUGGCGCCGGGAACGCUGGGCGCCAUGCACCGGCUGCUCGAGGGCCGCGGCGGCGACCAGGUGCGCUUCAUCCGGGCGCCGGCGCGGGGGGGCCGACGACGCGCGCGCCGUGGCUCUCGGCGAGCACACCGACUUUGGCAGCGUCACGGUGCUGUUCAACCGCCUCGGCGGGCUGCAGGUGCUGAUGCCGCCGGGCGCCGGGGCCGGGGCCGGGGCCGGGGCCGGGACCGAGCCGGAGUGGCGCUACGUGCGCCCGCUGCCGGGCCACGCCGUCGUCAACCUCGGCGACGCCCUGGUCAAGUUCUCCAACGGCCUGCUGCGCUCCAACAUCCACCGCGUCGUCGAGCCCCCCCGGCGCCCAGGCCGCCUGCGCCCGCUACUCGCUCGUCUACUUCAGCCGGCCCGAGGACCACGUCGUCCUGCGCCGCCUCGAGGGCCGCCGCGUGCCCCCGCUGCCCGAGGGCGUCGUCGAGGAGGCCGUCACGAGCGAGGCCUGGGUGCUCCGCCGCGCGCUGGGCUCGCGGCCCGCCCUGCAGCCCGAGGGCAAGUUUGACUACAGCCUGA